AAGAUGAACAGACGGACGAUCCUGUCACGGAUCCGAAAAAAUCCAAACAACUUAUUCGUACUUGUUCUGUCCCACUUCCACGAGUCAUUCGUUCCGAUCUCCCUAACCGCGAUAACUUUUUGCAAAGCAUCAACAAGUUUUCAGUUCACCUUACCGGCAUUAUCUCCAAAUUAUCAAUGCUUACUUAUCUCACUUGCUUGAAUUAUAGCAAAUCGCCAAAUGGCAACACCCAGACACCACCAGC